GGGAGCCCCGGGCAACGCUCGGUGGGUUGUUCUGGACUAGGCCAUGUGCCGUGUGCUUGAAUCUAAUGGCUUACAGUGUAGUUACGGAGUAGGUGCAUUGGGGGGGGGAAGGAAGACGUUGCAACAAACGAUCGAUCAAUCAAUUUCCAUUUUUCAUGUCUUGUCUCGGUGUCAGGCUGUGGCUGGAAUCCGUUCGGCUCCCUGCAGAUCCCAUGGUGAUACGGAUGAUGACACAACUCAGGCACUGCCUAACAACUGUACGGAGUACGGAGUACUCAAGCAACUUACCCUAUACGUCAAGAACUCAGUAUCUGAGAAUAAUGCAGAUGGUUAUCGACCGUCAUCCGAAAGAUACAAUGAAAGGAAAGGGAGGGGAAGAGUGGACCCAUGCUGUGAACGGACUGCAUUGAUCACCAUGUGGUUCAAGUGGCAACUUCUUCCUAUCUUCGCAUCCUUCCAUCCAUCUCCUCCUUUUCCCAUGGGGGGACAUACAUACAUAUCCACCUUUGAUUGUUAACCAACAACCGGAUUCCAUUUUCUCUCUCCCUCUAUCCAUCUUGGAUCCAGCACUGCCCGCCCGCCUGCCUUGCCCUUUCGUCUCCGAUUUCCCGCCUGUGUUCGAGAAACCACCGAACGGACUUCUUUUUAGGCAUCCCCAUAAACUCUGUAGUCUGUCCGUCUGUCCCCCCUUCGGAGAGCGGAGCAAUCGAUUCCCCACCAACGUGAGACAGUAUGCGCGUCUCUGGCAUUACGUGGCCAGUUUUAUUUUUUUGUUAUCCAUGUUACUAUAUACGUGUAUGCGUAGGUGUAUAUGGGUGUAUGUGUAUGUGUGUGUGUAAAUGCCGAA